UUGGCACUGCAUGAUUUCCUUACCAAAUGUAUAGAAGAUAUAUAUAUUUAUAUAUUUUUAUUUUAAUAAAAUCAUAGAACGACGAUUCAUUCUCAGAAUUCUUAAGGAGCAAUCGCUAAAGAGAUGUAUAGGGUAUACAAGUCGCUUGUUACGAAAUGGAAUCCUAAUAGGAACCCAUCAAAUAAAGUUGAGGCCGAGGCUGAAGCCAAAUUUCAAGAAAUUAAUGAACCAUUCAAGGCUAUUAAUGAGAACAAAGUCAAAGAAAAAUUAAAAAGUUGCGACGAGCCUAUAGUAUCAAUAUCGCCGGGAGGCUCAAGUCCUCGGAAAAUCAUGGAAGAGAGUUUCUUUUAUCGACCUUCAAUCCUCCUGAGAAGUCUUAGUAGAAAGAGUUCUACACUUAGCACAAGUCCAUCCUUUCUACCAAAAGGUGCAAGUUCAAGAGACAACUCUCCAAGGAACGAGAGUCAUCGAGGUUGUUUAGACAUAGAAAAUCCCUUUUUGCAGAGAAGUAUGAGUCGAAUAAGCCCUAGAUCCCCCAUUAUCUUCUCUCAAUCUACUCUUUUGAAAAAACCUCCACCAACUGAAAAGAAGCUUGAGUGCACCCUAGAGGAGUUGUGCUUUGGAUGUGUCAAGCAAAUUAUGACCAGUAGAGACGUUAUGAUAAAUGGGAUAAUUGAACAGCAAGGAGAGAUGGUGAACAUAACAGUGAAGCCAGGAUGGAAGAAAGGAACAAGAAUUACAUUCGAAGGAAAAGGUGACGAGAGACCAGGUUAUCAGCCAGCUGACUUGAUUUUCUUGAUAGAUGAAAAACCACACUUGUUAUUUGAAAGAGAAGAUGAUAACUUGGUCUAUAAAGCUGAGAUCCCAUUGGCACAGGCUCUUGUAGGCUGUGCCAUUUCAGUUCCCUUGCUGGAAGGUGAGAGAAUGAGCUUAUCGUUCGACAUCGUAUUAUAUCCAGGAUAUGUCAAGAUCAUCAAGGGCCAAGGCAUGCCGACUUCAAACGAAAUAGGAAAGAGAGGUGAUCUAAGAAUCAAGUUUUUAAUUAAUUUCCCAAUGUCCUUGAGUCCUGAACAACGAUUUGAUGCUUCGAGUAUUCUAAAAGAUUGCUCUUAUCAUGAUUUUCUUUAA